UGGGGGGAUGGGAGGGAGGGAGAAAACCAUGAAGGGGAAAUAAAGCCGGCAGCCGGACCCAGACCCAGAGAAAGCCUCCUUUCCCACCCCAUCUCCUCUCCUCUCCUCCCGCAGCCGAGCGAGUGAGUGAGCGAGUGAGCGCGCGCCCCCGGCCCGCCACUGUAUCGCUUCAGUAAUUGUUACACCGGGAGCAGCCGCCGACCAUGAGCUGGGGCACAGAGCUGUGGGAUCAGUUUGACAACUUGGAUAAGCACCUGCAAUGGGGGAUUGAAUUUGUGGAGAGAUACAACAAGUUUGUGAAGGACAGAACAGAUAUUGAGAUCAGCUAUGCAAAGCAGCUUAGGAAUCUUUCAAAGAAGUAUCAGCCAAAAAAGAACUCCAGAGAAGAGGAGGAACAGAGGUUCACAUCCUGCCGAGCCUUCAUGACUCUUCUGAAUGAAAUGAAUGACUACGCAGGCCAGCAUGAGGUCGUUGCUGAGAAUAUGAGUGGGAUGAUAUUUGCAGAGCUGGCUCGUUACAUCCAGGAGCUCAAGCAAGAAAAGAAAAUGCAUUUCCAGGAAGGGCGAAGGGCGCAGCAGCACAUAGAAAGCUGUUGGAAACAACUCGAAGCAAGCAAGCGAAGAUUUGAGAGAGAUUGCAAAGAAGCAGAGCGAGCACAGCAACAUUUUGAGAAGAUGGAUUCGGACCUGAAUGUUACAAAGGCUGAUGUGGAGAAGGCUCGGCAGCAAGCCCAGACCCGACACCAGAUGGCUUCAGAUAGCAAGGCAGAAUAUUGCAGCAUUCUGCAGAACUUCAACAAGGAACAGCAUGAACAUUAUUAUACAAACAUACCAAAUAUUUUCCAGAAAAUUCAAGAUCUGGAUGAGAAAAGAAUAGUUAGAAUUGGUGAUUCGAUGAAGACCUUCUCGGAGGUUGACAGAAAGGUUAUUCCUAUCAUUGGGAAGUGUCUUGAUGAAAUCACCAAGGCGGCUGAAUCUAUUGAUGAAAAGCAGGACACACAGUUAGUGAUCGAGUCUUUCAAAUCUGGGUUUGAGCAGCCAGGAGAUGUUGAAUUUGAGGAUUUCAGCCAAUCCAUGAAAAGGACAGUUUCAGAAAGUAGUCUCUCGAACAACAGACCUGAUGGUAAACCAGACUCCAAAAGCGGCAAGUCCAAGGGCAAACUCUGGCCUUUCAUCAAGAAAAAUAAGCUUAUGUCCCUUUUGACAUCUCCUCAUCAGCCCCCUCCUCCUCCUCCUUCCUCCACCACACCUUCUGCUGUUUCAAAUGGCCCUCAGUCUCCCAAGCAGCAAAAAGAGCCCCUCUCUCACCGCCUGAACGAAUUCAUGACCUCCAAACCUAAAAUCCACUGUUUCAGGAGCCUAAAGCGGGGGCUUUCUCUCAAACUGAAAAUGUUGAAUACACAAGUCUGGAAUUUUAUUGAGGGCUCGGUACCAGAAGACUUCAAUCAUUUGCCACCAGAACAACGUAGAAAGAAACUUCAACAGAAAAUUGAUGAAAUCAACAAAGAAAUCCAGAAGGAGUCUGAUGAAAGAGAUGGCUUGACGAAGAUGAAAGAUGUCUACGUUAAGAACCCUCAGAUGGGUGACCCUGGCAGUGUGGCUCCCAGGCUUGCAGAAAUCGGGCAGACGAUCGAGAAAUUACGCCAAGAGAGUCAGAAAUUUGAGGCUUGGCUGGCUGAGGUGGAAGGUCGCUUACCGACAAAGUCGGAUCAAAGUCGGCGGCAGAGUGAAAUGUACGAGUCGCAGAGCAGCGCCGUCAACAACUGUCCACAGGAUAGAGAGAGUCCUGAUGGUAGUUAUACCGAAGAACAAAGCCAAGACCCACAGUUAAAAGUUGCAGCCCAAAACGAGUUUGAUGAUGAGUUUGAUGAUGAAGAAGUGCUGACGUCAAUUGGUACAUGCAAGGCCAUGUAUCCCUUUGAAGGUCAGAAUGAAGGAACUAUAAUGAUUACAGAGGGAGAGACGCUGACUGUGAUAGAGGAAGAUAAAGGAGAUGGGUGGACAAGAGUUCGACGAAGUGAAGACGAGGAAGGAUAUGUUCCAACGUCUUAUGUGGAGGUCUAUUUGGACAAAAGUGUUAAAGGUACCUAAGGUGGUGUCAUGGUCCAUGAAUCACGGGCGAGCUGGUAUACAAGGACACCUUCUCCAGCUUAACAAUAUUCAAAAUGGAAGACUAGCCAGACUGGUUUCGUUUUUAAUAAUCAAAAGCAAAACCAGCGAGAUGAAAAAAUUAUAUGAUCAUAAGGUGCAAGUGCUUGCUCUUAUUUCAUGGCAUGCCAUCUAUUGCUCGAAUUAACUCGGAUACUCCGUAAAUGUCAAAAAUGCAAUUUUCUGAUGCAUGCCUCUGUCUAAAAUUUUGCCCAUUUAAAAAAAUUUUAAAAUAUGUGAAUUUUGAAAUCUACUUUACAGAAUACAUGUACUUCAUCACCACAGUAACCGUACAUUGUUUGGGUGGAUAUUGUUCAUUUAAUCUUUAUUCGAGCCAAGGUACAGGUAGUUCUUGGCUGGGAAGGGAUAGUAAAAUGAAGUAAUUGACAAUUAGUUUAGUUGAGUUGAGUUUGUUCUAUAUAAGAAGUUAAGGGAUCACCUGGGUUGCCACAAAGCAUUUUCAGUGUUCAGAAAAAUGUCGCCACUUCAGUGCUAGUCCUAUCACAAUUGUGAUGCUUACAAUCUUGGCUUCAGAAGCCUUGAGAGAUACAUUCAUACCUCACUUUUGAUGAACUUGCAUUGCAAACCGCAUACAUAGUUAAUCUUUCCAGAGAUGAAAUUAUGUGGAGUGACUGGAAGUUGUAAAAAUAAGUACAACUAACGAUUGACUGAAGUGCAGUUAAUUUUCAUUCAUCCUCAGCUCUACAGAGUUUUUAAGUUUUAUAUUUGAUUUUUCUCUACCUCUUCCACACAUAUCCAGCCCAGAUAACUUGGUAAAAUAGAGAAACUUCCUGAGGUUUUGCCCAUUAAAUGCAAAGAAGAUACUUGAAGGCCAUAGUCCCGUUUGCUUGUGAGCAUUUAGCCAAGUAGAAAGGUAGAAUAUUUUUAGCGUGGAUCGAGUUGUUUUAAUUGUCAAAGCAUGUAGAUACUGGGAAUGACAGAGUGGAGCACUUGUGGUCAUGCAGUACCUGUAUCUGGUGUUUGGUAGAUUUCUUUGUCACCAUCACAUCACUAUUAUCAUUUUGGUUUGUAGCACUGCCCAACAUCAGUCCAUCUUUUCCAGUCUGCAUGCUCGCCCUGAUGCUCUGCCUGUGCCCACCUUAAUGAAAGUUAUGGUCACAUUUUCUGCGUCAUUAUUUUGUUGGCUUUAAGAAGUGGAGUUGCUGGUCGUGUGACACGUUUUUUUCUUGCAUGUUCACCUGUGUAUUUGUUGGAGUUUCUGCUGCUCUCCCUAAAGCUGCCUACAAACCACUGUGUGCUAAACUGCUGGGGUUUCAGCUGUUUGUAAUCGCUUCUACUCUUAACACCGUCCGAGUGAAAAUGUGAAGAAAUAGUUGACAUUAACCGUGUACACAGAGAGCCAGGAAUGAGCGAUCCAGGGAAGCGUCUAGCGCUUGGCUUGUAUUUCUGCAAGGGAUUUUAGUUUCAUGCUGUCCGCUGUUCUCGAUUAUCGGUGAAUGUUUCCCCCCCCCCAAGUACUGCUGUUUCAAUGGUUAAAUAUACAUAUACUGCACCUUAAGGUAAAGCAGUCACAUCAAAUCCCAGAUCCAUUGUUGUCCCAUAGCAAAUCGAAGUUGAAUUAGUAAUGAAAGAUAUGUGAGUAAGAGGUUGUAGUGAACAAAUAAUCCAAAACUGGUAUUAUUCCACCUGCCUUCAAAUGUGUGCCAACUGUGUUCUGAAACCAAGCACUGAGAUUUCUGUAGGGAUGUGCCUUACCAACUAUCACCCUCAUGAGGCAUGAUUGAGAUUGGAAAUGCAUGUGUGGGAGGUUGAAUGUGUGCUGGUUCUGUCUGGCAGAUAUUAAAAUUAACCAAAUAAAGUUUCACACUAUUGUGGAAAGUAAUUCCCUGUUGACACCAGUGGCACACGUUGUUACAUUGACAAACGGGACACAAUGUCUGGCAUUGGUCAUGUUGGUCACCCUUUCACCAUAGUUGGGUUACAAAGGCUGGCUGAUUAUUCAGACAUUUUUGAUGUUUGUGAUCAAUCUCGUCGAUGAUCAGAAAUGCAGUGCAAAGCUGCUUUUUAAGGUGCAGGUCCCACCAAAAUGUUAAUUCUGAAUUUCCCCAAACCAGAAAAUCAUUUAUCUUUAAAUAAUCCAAUUACGCUGCAGAAAAAAAACUACACUCAUUUGUAGUUCUGUUAAUUUUUUUUAAAUGUUUCUGAAAUACAUUUUCACAAUAGAGACCAUGCUUAUAAAAUUCAGCUGAAACCCUGUGUUUUGUGUCAGUAUUAUAAAUACAACAGUUGCGAAAUAAAUCAAAUACCUCAUUGAUUUCUUAAAAAGACAAAAGUCCAGCUUGGGUUUUGCAUUGCACAAACCUUGAUCUUACUCCUUCCAAAUGUGUGUUUGUUCGUUAGUUAAUCAGUAAUCAUCAGGGUUUAUUGUUUAUUUUUGUGCAAGGCAUUUGUGAAGUACUUUUGUCUUGGUGACUAACUGCACCCAACCAGUGUAGCCACAGCAAUGAGGUGAGGUGGAGAAACUGGAGUCUCAGAGUAUCCGACUGUUGAGGUUUGUUAAAGAAUAUUCAGGAGAAACCAAGACUAUCAAUUUGAAACACCCAGUUUACCAAUUAUGAUAACUAUAGCCAGUGCUUUAUUUGUGACAGUUCACCAGAAUGUUGUGCCAGUAUCUCUAGCAUGACACGUUUGUUUAUUAAUCAUGCCUAGUUAAUGGAAAGCAUAAUUGAAUGAAAAUGAACAUUUGUUUUCAAGUUUUAUUUACUAGCUUUAACGGUGAUGCCAGAUUAUUGAUUCUCCUCCUCUUUACUAUUGGAGCUGAGUAAUUCUUUAACCCGUAAUAGUAAUGUCGUUUUUUCCCUAAUUCUUAGAAUUUGGUCAUUACAUAGGAAAUGUAAAGAUUAUAGGAUAUGGAAGAUUAAUACGAAUCAGAGGGGUAACUUUUUCACACAGAGGGUGGUGGGUGUAUGGAACAAGCUGCCAGAGGAGGUAGUUGAGGACAGGUUUGGAGGGUUAUGGACCAAGCGCAGGCAAGUGGGACUAGCACAGCUGGGACAUUGUUGGCCAGUGUGGGCGAGUUGGGCUGAAGGGCUUGUUUCCACACUGUAUUACUCUAUGACUCUACGUAGACAGUUGGAGAUGGAAAGCCUCACGGUUAGAGUUUGGCAGUAGCAAGAUUAUUUUUGAAUAAACAUAGUUUAACUCCUGUAAACUUAGUUGACCAGAUGAAAAUGGCUGUAUGGCUUUCCUGACUUUCAGUUGUAACUUACCAUUAUGACCUUUAAAAGAUAUUUAGACAGAUAUAUGGAUGGAAAACAUUUAGGGGGAUAUGAGCUAAAUCCAAACCAGUGGCAUUGGUCCAAUUUUCCAACAUGGUCAGCAUGAUCUAGGUGGGCCGAAGGGUCUGUUUCCGUGCUGUUCAGCGCUAGAACUCUACUGAUAAGGAACCUAGAGUUGGCUUUCAGUAUUUAGGCCUGUUGCUUCUGCCUCGACAAUGGAAGAUGAGAAGUAACCUCAACCAAACUGUUUGCAAAUAUAGAAUGGGUCCAUAACAGUCUGGUAUUAAAUGCAGAGAAUAAUAAAAAAGGAACUAAAUAAAUAUAGUUGACAGUACCUAGCAAAUUAUUGUAUCAUAGUCAGAAAUAGAAUGUGAGACUCCAAGCAGUUAGAACACUUCAAGUGGAAAAACCCACAAUAAAACCUGAUGAACUUACUUAAAGAAGUGAUGCACAUGGAAGGACCAAGAAAAACUUAUCUCAAUAUUUUGCUUUCCUCUUGGCACCUGUUGUAU